UCGGCGACACUCGUCGUCUCUGCAGCUGGAAUGUUUGCCACGAUCCAUCGUCAUUAACCGAUCGAUCGAUCGCCGGCGACGCAGCUAGCCAUCGUCGACUGCGUGUUCUUGAUUCGCUGUGGCCAUGGCGGCUGGCCUGUGGGUGGCCGCGGCGGCGGUGGUCGCCGGCAUCGUGCUGGUCGACGCGGUGGUGCGGAGGGCGCACGAGUGGGCGAGGCUGGCGCCGCUGGGGGCGGAGAGGCGGGCGAGGGUGCCGCCGGGGGACAUGGGGUGGCCGGUGGUCGGCGGCAUGUGGGCGUUCCUCCGCGCCUUCAAGUCCGGCAACCCCGACGCCUUCAUCUCCUCCUUCAUCCGACGGUUCGGGCGGACGGGGGUGUACCGGGCGUACAUGUUCAGCAGCCCGACGAUCCUGGCGGUGACGCCGGAGACGUGCAAGCAGGUGCUGAUGGACGACGAGGCCUUCGUCACCGGCUGGCCCAAGGCGACCAUCACUCUCAUCGGCCCCAAGUCCUUCGUCAACAUGCCCUACGACGACCACCGCCGCCUGCGCAAGCUCACGGCCGCGCCCAUCAACGGCUUCGACGCGCUCACCACCUACCUCGGCUUCAUCGACCGCACCGUCGUCGACACGCUCCGCCGCUGGUCGUCGGAGCCAGCCGCCGAGGUCGAGUUCCUCACCGAGCUGCGCCGGAUGACCUUCAAGAUCAUCGUCCAGAUCUUCAUGAGCGGCGCCGACGACCGCACCAUGGAGGCCCUCGAGCGGAGCUACACCGACCUCAACUACGGCAUGCGCGCCAUGGCCAUCAACCUCCCCGGCUUCGCCUACCACAGGGCGCUCCGGGCUCGCCGGAAGCUGGUGUCCGUGCUGCAGGGCGUGCUCGACGGCAGGAGGGCCGCCACGGCCAAAGGCUUCACCCGGCCGACCACCAUGGACAUGAUGGACCGCCUCAUCGAGGCCCAGGACGAGCGCGGCCGCCGGCUCGCCGACGACGAGAUCAUCGACGUCCUCAUCAUGUACCUCAACGCCGGCCACGAGUCCUCCGGCCACAUCACCAUGUGGGCCACCGUCUUCCUCCAGGAGAACCCCGACAUCUUCGCAAGGGCAAAGGCUGAGCAAGAGGAGAUCAUGAGAAGCAUACCCGCAACGCAGAAGGGACUGACACUCAGGGACUUCAAGAAGAUGCAGUUCCUCUCCCAGGUUAUCGAUGAGACACUUCGCUGCGUCAACAUCUCGUUCGUGUCAUUCCGUCAGGCGACCAGAGACGUCUAUGUGAACGGCUAUCUGAUACCCAAGGGCUGGAAGGUUCAGCUGUGGUACAGAAGUGUACACAUGGAUGACCAAGUUUAUCCUGACCCCAAAAUGUUCAAUCCAUCAAGAUGGGAGGGUCCCCCGCCGAGAGCCGGAACAUUCCUUCCAUUUGGACUGGGAGCGAGACUGUGCCCUGGAAAUGAUCUUGCAAAGCUGGAGAUCUCUGUCUUUCUCCAUCAUUUUCUCCUAGGUUACAAGCUGACGAGGACAAAUCCAAAGUGCAGGGUGAGAUAUCUGCCUCAUCCCCGGCCUGUGGACAACUGCUUGGCGAGGAUCACCAAAGUUUCCGAUGAAUACUAAAAGUUCAGGCAUUUUCUAGCUUGUCCUCUGCCUCUGGGAGAAGUAAAUAAACAUGAUUAUAUAGUAUAUCGAUCACGUAUUCUGAAAAAGAAUUGAAAAAGAUGAUGAAGAAGAAGCGAUGUGUAUUCGUCCUGAUAUGCUCGCUUUGGUUUUUGCAUUGUUCUUGUUUGUCCUAGCUUACGACCAAAGAUUAAAGCAGUUCCGAGUUUAUUAUACUGACAAGCUUCCUGAAUAUGGCAAGCACGCAAGCAUUCCUCUUCUUUUCUAUCUGUCCAGCUCACUGAAUUUGGAUUGUUCUUCAUAUAGUUUAUAAAGCUGGCACGAAAUGUUUCCGUUUAAGAUGUUAUUUGUCUAC